GAUGAGUUUAAUUUUAUAAAACCGUUUUCUUUGUUAAAUAUAUCGAACGAUAAUACUAUUACAAAUGACUACUAAACCAGGAUUUAGAAACGAUAUCAAAUAUGUGUUCAAGGAGUUAUCGUUGGUGGACAAACUCUUACCAUUGUUAAUUAUAUUGGCUAUGAUUUUAGGUAUCCUUUUAUCAGUUUAUGUUCCUCAAAGUAGAGAUGCGUUUAAUGGUGCCCAAGUCGUGGAUGUAUCUAUUCCUCUUGCUGUUGGUCUUAUUGUUAUGAUGAUACCACCUCUUUGUAAAGUGGAAUGGGAAAACUUUGCUCAAUUCUUUAAUAAAGAUAAGUACCUUAAAGAGAUUCUAGUUUCAUUGUUUAUUAAUUGGGUUAUUGGUCCAUUUUUAAUGUUUGGUCUUGCAUGGCUUACCUUAUUCGAUGAAGAUGAAUAUAGAGUUGGUAUUAUCAUGAUUGGAAUGGCCCGGUGUAUUGCUAUGGUUCUCUUAUGGAAUCAUAUUGCUGAUGGUGAUAAUACAUUAUGUGCUGUCAUUGUAUUAAUUAAUAGUUUAUUACAAGUGGUAUUAUAUGCUCCAUAUCAAAUAUUCUUCUGUUAUGUCAUUACGGGAGAUUAUCAUUCAUCAACUUUAGCUUAUUCAUUAGUAGCCAAGAGUGUCGCUUUCUUUUUGGGAGUUCCUUUAGGGUUUGGUUUAUUAAUUAGAUUUGCAUCCAUUUAUACUAUUGGUUUAACCAAAUAUAACAAAUUUGUAUUACCAUAUAUAAGUCCAUGGGCUUUAAUUGGGUUAUUAUAUACUAUUGUGGUUAUUUUCAUUGAAAAAGGUGAUGAAUUCAUUAAGGAAAUUGGAUCAGCUUUAAGAUGUUUUGUACCUUUAGUACUCUAUUUCAUGAUCAUGUGGUUUGGAACCUUUUUCACUUUACGUUGGUUAUCUAAUUUCACCAAUGUUAGAAAAUUCAACCUUAAAGUUCCAUCUAGUGACUCUGAACCAUCUAUCACUGAAGAAACUAAAUUAUUAUGUGGAUGUGAAUCUAAAAUGGAAGAAUUCCCUGAAAAGUGGAAUAAUGGAUGUGCUGCUAAUUAUGCUAGUACAAUCACCCAAACUUUCACAGCAGCUUCCAAUAACUUUGAAUUGAGUUUGGCUGUUGCUAUUUCCAUCUAUGGUAAUGGUAGUAAACAAGCCAUUGCUGCCACAUUUGGACCAUUAUUAGAAGUCCCCAUAUUGUUGAUACUUGCCUUUGUGGCUAAAUAUUUCAAAAUAAAAUUCAUUUGGUCAGACGUUGAUGAUCAUAGAGAAGAAGAAGAUGUGCAAUUAGAAGGUGUAGAGUGUUCAGAGUGAUUUAAUGAAGUAUAUCUGUGUAAAUAGAAGUUAGAGCUGAUAAAAGUAUUGUAAAUAGCGGAUAAUGAUAAAUGAAAAUUAUAGAAAAAUAUACUAGAAUAAAAUGAUAAAGAUAUGUAGCAACAGCAGGGAGCAGUUAAUAGUAAAAUUUAUUGAUCAUAUAAUAAAUAGAUCUAU